AUACUGGGCCCCACUAUUAUAUGGCACCGUAACAACGUCAUUGCACAGGAAGCUGCAAGGCACAACGUCCCAGGUUAAGCCUUUGAGAUGAUCUAAGGCAAUCACCAUCAAUCUAUCUCAAGCCUCUAUCUUUCCUUUCAUUCCUCCCUUCCUGGCCUACUUACCCUAUACCUACUACCCUGUAGCCUCUCAGUCACUGCCUUUGCCUUUUGAAAUUUUGUUCCAAGCAUCAGGCUGUUCCAGUCUCAACAUGUCUGAUAUAUCCGAGUCAAUCAAGGUCAUAAAAGAAGGAGCCAAAGAAGACCGCUUUACCUAUCUUACCCUCCUUCAUUUCCAUGUCACCUCUCCUGAGGUCUUGCCUACAUUAAAUGAGGUCCUCCAAGAUGCCGAGCUCACCCAAGAGAUCGGAUGGGACCUCGUACAGAUGCUCUUGGACAUACCAGAGUCGGGCACAUGUCUCGAGACCGUAGCUCGGCUGGGAAACCCCCGUGAAGUCGCCAUUAAGAUCAUGGAGGCAUUGGAGGGUCUCACCGCAGCUUGGAAUAAGGAGUCCGACAUUGAUAACCCUGGUGAUUCCACCAUAUCAGAUAAAUUCAUUACUUUAAUGGGCAUGCUCGCUAUAUCGCAUCAGCGUAUCAAGACAAAGUACCCCUCGCGCUUUCUUGGCCCCUCUUUGGUCAAGGUGUUUGAGGCAUAUCAGCCCACCCCCGAAAUGACAGCAUCCGUCAUAAACCUAGUCUACUCCCUCUCAGGUCGCAAGAGGCCACCCUUGCCCUCGCGGAAAUCUAGCAUCAACGUGGCCAACCCCGAUCAGGACGGGGACGAUUCUAAAAACGCACCAGACCCAGAGGCCGAGCAGGAGGACCCGACCGAGGAAGCUAUGCAGCAAAAACUCCUGCAGUCCUUUGUUACCUGCAUCCUACAGCGGUACGUGAACGCGUACGAUAUGCUCUGGUCACCGCGACUGCUCGAGGUCUACCACCCCGAGAAGACCGUACCCAACAAGACGUCCAUUACUAAAGCGUUUCGAAAAGACGGAGAUUUGCUAAAAAGGGAUGGGGCCGUGGGACAUCUUGUAGCUUUGCUACGCGAUCUUGGUCUAGAUCGAUGCCCGCCGGAAUUUGUAAAGAGCAUCUUUGAAGGCCCAGUACAUACAGAUCCUCUCGCAGCAUUUGACGAGUUCUCUUCUGCUGAUGAAAUUCACUUAUCACCCGGUGGAACGGUAUGCCUAAUCGCCUACUGGAUCUUCUCCAAAGACGUCUUCGAGUCGGACAGCCCCCCUCCCCAGAUGCACGUAUUUCCAGACCACGCCCUGAUGCUCGGCCGUUUUCUUGGCCAAGAAGCACAGUCCGAGAUCAUGUCCAGUCCAGGCAUAGCCGAUGCCCUAGUAGCCAUCGGCCUCGGACUCGAGCAACGAAAACUAGUAAAGGCCACCACAGAAGAAGCAAACCUCAUGGCCUAUCACCACAACCUAACGCUCGUCUCCGUAUUCCACCCCGACAUCCACGUCCGGAACGCCGCCACAUCCUACGCCGGCUCCAUCCUGCACGCCGAGCCCGACGACCAGAUCCGCCUCGACAUCCUCGAAGACCUGCUGGAGAACUGCAUGUUCGGCUCCCUCAAAGCCUGCGCCGUCACGUGGCUGAAAGAAGAGCUCAUCUCCGCCAAGCAAGGCCACCAAUCCAGCCAGUUCUCCUCCCCCGACGUCAUCGAGCGGCUGCAGUACCUCCUAUUCCCAGACAUGUUCUUCCUGAACGAGACAAACGCCGACGCGAUACUCGAGUUCUGGGCCCAGAACCACCUGUACCUCCUGCAGGUCGCCAAUUUCGCCUACCUCCUCUUCCACGGCUUCAAGGAGCUUGUCCCUGUUGGCAUGGGCGCAGCGGUUGGCCAGAGAUUCGCAGAGCCUCUUGUGGCGGCUGCGGAGAGGCUGCUGAAGGAAGAGGGCGUAGAUGCGGAAAACAACAUGCAGCUUGGCAUACUAGUAGACCGCCUUCGUAGCCUAGAUCUAUGAUAAGGCUGGGGCUUAUCAAAGGGGCAGGUUGGUGGGUAGGUAGGUAGGUAUGUACCUACCUAAUAGGUAACUACCUACUGUAGGAAUGAGUACGGCUUGGUGGGUGGGUGGUUGAAUCAGGAUUAGCUGUGUGGUAAGGGGACAUGGCAUGUAGAUAGGUAUGACCUUAUGACAAGAUGGACCGCUUAAGCCGAGUUCCCAUCAUCUUCUUUCUAUUUUACGCGACGACGAAUGAGAAGAUUCAUAACUUAAGUUGAGAUAACCUUGAUAUGAUUCGCAUAAACUACCACUGAAGUAUGCCAAGGCAUGUUGCAAAGUAACGCC